AUGAAUGGUGAUUCAAAAAUUAAAGUUCCUAUGGCGUUCAGAACCAAUCUGUUUCCUUCACUUGACAAACUGGUAGUUGAUAUUACUUUAUAUAGUCAAAUGAUAGGUUCUUUAUUGAAUUUAACAUCUAGUCGACCUAAUAUAAAGUUUGUUGUAUGUUAUUGUGCUAGGUUUCAAGCAAAUCCAAGAGAACCACAGAUGAUGGCAUUGAACAAUAUGUUUCGAUAUCUCAAGAAGAUUACUUCACUUGGUUUAUGGUAUGCAUAUAAUUCAGGAUUCUUUGUGCAGGCAUAUUCCGAUGUUGAUUUAGGUAGAUGUGGUCUUGAUCGGAAAAGCACAACUGGUGUAUGUCAAUUUCUUAACGGAAAGCUUGUAAGCUGGCAAUCUAAGAAGCAAACUUGUGUUUCUUUAUCAACUGUUGAAGCUGAAUAUAUUGUUGGUUCUUCAUGCGUGUAA